AUGGCCAUCAUUCCUUGCGGAAGCACAUCCCUUGGUCAAUGGGGUACGCGUCCUCAGCUUAUGCCGAGGUCAUUCAUGACAAACAGAAUUGUGAUGUGCCACUAUAGCCUAGACAACAGGAUGAGCUAUCUAGCAGCGCCAAGUUUGAGUUUCUUGUCAUGUGAUUCUUUGCAUAUGAUAUCUUUUAUGGGACCAUCCAAACCGUUGCAUCGAAGUAGGGGGUCACGAUUCAUAGUUAGAGCAGAUGAUGACUUAUAUUCUGUACUUGGAGUGUCAAAGAAUGAAACUAAAUCCGAGAUUAAAAGUGGAAUUUGGAAGCUUGCAAGGAGCUAUCAUCCAGAUGUGAACAAUUGCAUAUAUGCAAUCCUAAACGACGAAUCUAAACAUCAAGUUGUAAUGCAGGGUUUGUCCGAUGACGAGAAACGAUCUUUAUACGACCGAUACGGUGAGGCUGCAAUUAAAGGCGCUGGCAUGGGAGCAUCGGAUUUCAGAAACUCAUUUGAUAUAUUCGAGUCUUUAUUCGACAUGGGCAACAUGAACAUGGGCGGCAGGGGAGGCAUGGGAGGCUCAAGAAACAGGGCAGUCGAUGGCCAGGACGAAUACUACAACCUCGUAUUGACAUUCAACAAAGCGGUCUUUGGCGUUGUAAAGGAGAUCGAAGUAACCCGACUAGAAAGUUGCGACACCUGCAACGGAUCAGGCGCCAAGCCCAGAACAAAGGCAACAAAGUGCAACACUUGUGGCGGACAAGGGCAGGUCGUAUCUUCAGCUCGAACUCCCCUGGGCGUCUUCCAGCAAGUGAUGACCUGCAAUACGUGUGGCGGGGCAGGAGAAACAUUCGUCCCAUGCAACAUUUGUUCCGGUGAUGGACGAGUCCGAAAGACGAAGAGAAUCAGCUUAAAAGUCCCUUCCGGAGUGGACUCUGGCAGUCGGUUGAGGUUUCGGUCUGAAGGCAACGUCGGGAGGAGAGGUGGCUCCCCUGGUGACCUCUUUGUGAUGAUUGAGGUCAUCCCGGACCCUGUCCUGAAGCGAGACGACACGAACAUUUUGUACACGUGUAAGAUCUUGUAUGUGGACGCGAUACUGGGAACCACGAUUAAGGUCCCCACGGUGGAUGGGAUGAUGGAUCUGAAGAUCCCUGGCGGGACACAACCGAACACUACGUUGGUGAUGGCGAAGAAAGGUGUCCCGGUGUUGAACAAGAGUAAUAUGUGA